UAAAAGGGUUUGCAAAUGACAUUGGUUAUUGGUGUAGCUUGGUCUUAGCUUACUUGUUUCUUUCUUUCUUUUUUUAAUUAUUAAAAUAAAUUGGAUAUUUGUGCACAUUGUAGUAAGUACUCUCAUUGUUAGAUGAAGUAACUGUUAAAACAGACCUCAAUAUGCCAGCGUCGUAAACUGGAAUGAAGUCAAACUGGAAACAUGAACACAUGCAUUAUGAAAUUCCUACCUAUCUAGACAUAUACUUGUAAUGAUAGCAACUGUCAGGUGAUGCGUUUUUCAUUUUACAAUGCUUGAUCAUCUCUUUUCGGCAUGGAUGUGGUUUGGAUCGAACCGUCCAGGUUAUUGUAGUGGAACAUUUUUGAUAGUCAUAUUAAUUCUGUCGACUUGGCUCUGUGGUAUUCACGCCAGUCUAAGUUUAGGACCAGGCGGGGAUUUUCCUGGAUUUUAUGAUUUCAUCUUCUACGCCUUCAGUAAUGAGGAGUUAACCUCAUUUCUCUACAACAUCACUCUGCUGCUGUGGCUCGGGCCUUGUCAGGAGAGAAGAUGGGGCACUUUUGUCUUCCUAGCCCUCUCCUUUAUCUCCACUGUGCUCCUUCCUCCUAUUUAUGCCCUCUUUCUCUUUGUUACCGGGGAUGAAGCCAGCAGGGUCAGUGGUUACUCAGCCACCCACCUUGCUCUGCUCACAGCUCAGUGUCGGCAGGUGAAGCAGAGGAGAGUCUUACGCUUUGUUCCUGUCUGGUCCUUGCCUUGGCUCCUCUUGAUCCUCGACCUCUUCCUGCUUCCCAGUGCUCCUGGCCUGCUGCACUUUUAUGCCAUUUGCCUGGGACUCAACUACAAUAAUGAGUUUAUUGAAAUACUGGAGCAGAUAGAGAAACUGGGUGCUUGUGCCUGCUUGCCAAAAUGGGCCUACAUCCCUGUUACCUCUCAUCCACACUUGCCUGUUUACCACAACACCUCAAUAAGACCAGAGCCAUCAACCAGUAGAUCCCAGUUGGAAGAUCAUUCGGCAUGGCAGCAUUCUGUGUCUGAGUGGCGUCAGGAGCCUUUGAUGGCCACCGAUUCACAGCUGUUAGAGGAGGAGAUGCUGAGAGCAGGGAUACUAGCAUCACUCCACGAUGCACCCGAAGGUGUUGCGGACAAAGUGGAAGUACCCAAGUCCUCAGUGUCCUCUAUACGGUUGCAACAGCUGGAGAAGAUGGGCUUCCCCACAGAGAAAGCUGUUGUGGCUCUGGCCGCUACAGGGCAGCUGGAUGGAGCAAUCUCUCUGCUUAUUGAUGAUCAGAUUGGGGAGGAGGCUGUGGUCAUCUCAAAAGGAAAGAAGUCAUCAUCAGCAUCAUAGCUCAGGGAUGCUGCUUCAAAUUGAAGCUGUGCUAUAGGAUUGCCCUAGUAUCAUUCCAUUACUUAAGCAAUAGUUCAACCAAAAAUGAAAAUUUGCUGAAAAUUCAUUCCAUCCAAAAUGUAGAUUAGUUUGUUUCUUCAUCAGAACAGAUUUGGAGAAAUUUAGUAUUACAUCCCUUGGGUGCCAUCAGAAUGAGAGUCCAAGCAGCUGAUAAAAACAUCACAUGAUAUCCAUGUAUCUCCAGUCCAACAAUUAACAUCUCGUGAAGGGAAAAGUUGUGUGUUUGUAAUAAACAAAUCUAUCAUUAAGGCGUUUUAACGUUAAACCAUCACUUCUGGUUUUCACUUGUAAACGCUGCCAGAUCUGUGCAUAUUUCUCUCCUGAUUCAGAAAAGACAACAUCCAUAGAAAUACUAUGGAUAGAGGAUUCAUUUGAAAUGAAAAGAUCUUGAUGGAUUUACUUUUUGCUUCACAAGACGUUAAAUGAUGGAUUAUUGUGAUGUUUUAAUAGCUGUUUGAACUCUCAUUCUGACGGCACCCAUUCACUCCAUUAGUGAGUUAGUGACAUAACGCUAAAUUUCUCCAAACCUGUUCCGAAGAAGAAAUUCAUCUAUAUCUUGGACAGCUUAAGGGUAAGUACACUUUAAGCAAAUUUUCAAUUUUUUUUUUUUUUUUGGUGAACUAUUACUUUAAGCAAGGCAUCGAUCUUCAUGGUGAACUGUUGCUGUGUAUUUACUACUUCAUGACUUAUGGAUGUGCAUCAAAAAAUCCAGUGGAUUAUGGUUGGUGUGGAAAAUUUAUAUAUUUAUAUUAUGGUGUUGGCAGCUUUUAUGAUGAAAGUUUAAAGAAUGGAAAAACGCUCUGAACAGCAACUAAACUGUCCCAGUGGAUGAGACAUGGACGUUCCAAGAAACUUCUCCACGGACAUCCUAUCAUUAAAUCCACAUUAGCAGAUGUCAGGCCAGGAGAGUCAUGUGCAUAUGUCAGUAUUUAAGGUUUCUUGGCUACAGAAUCUUCAUUAAAAUAUCACAAAUGAAACAUUCAGGUAGUAUGAGUAUUGAUGAAAACAUGGAUUGUCUUAAAAAUAGAAACACACAACAAAGUUUAUUUCAUUUUAACACCAAUUGGCAAGACAAAUUCACACAAGAGGCUAGAAAUGGAAAAAUGCAGGCGACGUUACAUGAAUUGGAAUACAGAGUAGAGAAAACAUCAAUUGCUAAUAGUCAUCUAUAAAUAAUUAAUACAACAAUAUUUAUAUAGGAAUACAAAGACAUGGAAAGGUAUUGAGGAAGGAGACCAGUCCUAUGCAUGUGCAUGUUACUGUGAUAGAAAGACAUGCAUGAAACACAAAAACAGAAUUCAAGUUAUAUGAGUAGUUUUCCCGCUUCCCCUUGUGCUCCAGUUGGAUUUUGUGUGGUUUAUGGUUCUGUCUCCUCUAGCUCACACAACUGCACACAUUUAUUUGAUUUAUUUAGGGUUACUUAAUAAUUGUCCUGAACUAGAGGAGAAUUCUAAAAUAUUAUUCAGAACCACUUAAAAUCAUGCUCAAAGGCAUGUUUUAUCAAAAGGUUUUAAAAACUUUGGAACAAUUUGUUUUCACUAAUUCAAAUCUAGUUACAGCUUUAGUCUGUUUGAAAAGGGAGAGGAAACCCGAGCCCAAAGCCUAUUACCACAGAACUAUCUAUUAAAGUUUAUACAUGUUUAUGUCCUUCAGUUGUCCUUUCUCUUAAAAAACAAAACUACAAAAAACAAGGUGAUUCUCUAUCUACAUAGUGCAUUUAAUCCAAGGAACGGAAUAUGAAAUCAGUUUUUAUCAUUGGGGAAAAUGUGGCUUUUGGCUGAAUAGCAGAAUUGUGUGCAUUUUGUCAUACAGUACAUUUGCUGAAGUUACUAUGAGCUCCUAACAGCAGCUGGAAAGACUAAUAAUAUGGUUUGAUGCUCUCCUAAAAAACGUUCUUCAUCUCCAUCACAUUUUGUACCCUUCUUUGCCCACAACUUUGUUAUACAAUUAUACAAGCACCAAUACUGUUUCUGUAUAUCAUAUUUUAAAACAUGUUUCCUUUUUCAUGUGAAACAAAGAAUUGACGAAUUA